AUGCCUCCCAACGGCAGCACUGCUCUGCUGCUCCUCCUCCUGCCACCGCUGCUGCUGCAUUCCUUCGCCAAUGCCGGCUCUCUGGACGCCGACGUCGCGGCGCUGUCGGACUUCCGGCUCGUCGCGGACCCAUCCGGCGCCGCGCUGGCGACCUGGAACCUGUCCGCGAACCCAGCGCCGUGCGCCGGGGGGGCGUGGCGCGGGGUCACCUGCGCCGGCGGCCGCGUCACGCGGCUGGUGCUCGAGGGCCUCGGACUCUCCGGCGACGCCGCGCUGCCGGCGCUCGCCAGGCUGGACGGCCUCCGCGUGCUCAGCCUCAAGGGCAACGGUUUCUCGGGCGAAAUCCCCGACCUGUCGCCGCUCGCGGGGCUCAAGCUGCUGUUCCUCGCGGGCAACGCGCUGUCUGGCCCGAUCCCGCCGUCGCUGGGGGCGCUGUACCGCCUGUACCGGCUCGACCUGUCGUCCAACAACCUGUCCGGCGUCGUGCCGCCCGAGCUCAGCCGGCUCGACAGGCUGCUCACCCUGAGGCUGGACUCCAACCGGCUCAGCGGUGGGAUCGACGCCAUUGCGCUGCCGAGGCUGCAGGAGCUCAACAUCUCCAACAAUUUGAUGUCCGGGAGGAUUCCGGCGGCGAUGGCGUCGUUCCCGGCCGCGGCGUUCGGCGGGAAUGUUGGUCUCUGCAGUGCGCCGCUCCCACUGUGCAAGGAUGAGGCGCAGCAGCCCAAUGCGUCGGCGGCGGUGAACGCGUCCGCGGCAGGGGACUGCCCUCCGGCUUCCGCCAUGGUGGCGGCGUCCUCGCCGUCGGGGAAGCCAGCGGGCGCCGAGGCGGCAGGCGGCGGCGGCAAGGGGAAGAUGAGCCGCGCCGCCGUGGUGGCAAUUGUGGUCGGGGGAUUUCGCCGUGGUGGGGCUGGUGGCCGGGCUGCUCUUCUGCUACUUCUGGCCGCGCCUCUCCGGGCGGCGGAGCGGCCGGCGCCUCCAGCAGGGGGAGAAGAUAGUGUACUCCUCCAGCCCUUACGGCGCCGCCGGUGUCGUCGCGGCGGCUGGUGCUGGUGGCGCGACGUUCGAGCGCGGGAAGAUGGUGUUUCUGGAGGACGUGAGCUGCAGCAACGGCGGCACGAGGCGGUUCGAGCUGGAGGAGCUGCUGCGCGCGUCCGCGGAGAUGCUGGGGAAGGGCGGGUGCGGCACGGCGUACAGGGCCGUGCUCGACGACGGCACCGUGGGAACCGGGGCCCUGGGCGCACGCCGCUGGAGUGGGCGGCGCGCCUGCGCAUUGCGGCCGGCGCCGCGCACGGGCUAGCCUACAUCCACCACUCGGGCCGCCGGGGCAGCGGCACGCCAAAGCUGGCGCACGGCAACAUCAAGAGCACCAACAUCCUGCUGGACAGAUUCGGCAUGGCGCGUCUCGCGGACUGCGGCCUGGCGCAGCUGACCCCGGCUGCCGCGGCGGCCCGCUCCGCGGGGUACCGCGCGCCCGAGGCGCCCCCGCCGCCCCGUCCCUGGGCGUCGCACAAGGGCGACGUGUACGCGCUGGGCGUGGUGCUCCUGGAGCUCCUGACGGGUCGGUACCCGGGCAGCGAGCUCCCCAACGGCGGCGUGGUGGUGGAGCUCCCGCGGUGGGUGCAGUCCGUGGUGCGCGAGGAGUGGACGUCGGAGGUGUUCGACCUGGAGCUGAUGAAGGACAAGGGCAUCGAGGAGGAGAUGGUGGCGAUGCUGCAGCUGGCGCUGAGCUGCGCGGCCGCGGCGCCCGAGCAGCGGCCCAAGAUCGGGUACGUGGUGAAGAUGAUCGACGAGGUCCGCGCGUGCGGGGUGGUGGACGCGUCAGCUUCGCCGUCGCACGAGUCGUCCGUGGACGAGUCCUCCGGCGUCUCCGACUCGCCCGCCGUGUCCGAGGGUGGCGGCGGCGGCGCGCUCAGCCAGUGA